GCGGGAUGGGGAGAGGGCACAGCAGGAUGGGGCCGAGCGGCUUUUGGGAGCUCUGCCUUGCCCUGCUCUGCUCUGGGGCCGCGUGCGCCGAUGGCACCAGAGAGGUGAUCGGGGCCGUGGGCGCGUCUGUCACCUUCCACAUCCAACCCCCAGCUGGAAAUGCGGUGUUCUGGAACUUUGGGAACGAUCCCAUAGCAACCGUGCUACCCAAGGAUCCCCCUGAGGUCGUGUUUUCAGAAGAAAAAUACAAAAAGCGCUUCACUUUCCUCGAGAACGGCCGCGCACUCAGCAUCUCCCAGCUGAGCUUGGAGGACGCCGGGAUCUACUCGGUAAAGAUCGAUGGGAAAAUAUCCACGUUCACCCUACGCGUGUACGGGGAGCUGGCAGAGCCCACGGUGACCUGCGAGGACCGGAACUGCUCGGCCGGGAGCUGCCGCUUCUCCCUGCGCUGCUCCGUGCCCGGCACCGGCCUCGGGAGCAUCUCCUACCUCUGGAGCAAGGGGGAACAGCCGUGGGAUGAGGGGCCCACGGUGCUGGUGGUGAAUGAAUCAUCCUGGAACGAGCCGGAGUCACUGACGUGCACGGCACGGAACCCCGUCAGCAGUCGGAACGUCACCGUGGUGGCACCUGGUGACCUCUGCAUAGAAAACGCCACGCACCCUCCCGGCCCCGAGCCGCACCCCGGCAGCCUGGGCAGGGUUGUGGCCGUGGCCGUGGCCGAAGCCGCGGUGCUUUCCUCGAUUUUCCUCCUGUUCCACUGCAGAGGCCAACGAGGAGCUCGACUCAGCAGCUCAGGGGGUUAAUCCUGGGCUGUUCCAGGGUGAUGGAAUUUGGGGCUUUCCCACCAUUUUCGAGGCACAAGGAUGAGCCUGAGCUGCCCUUCCCCGGG